CGCACGUGGCUUCGCCUGCCAGGAAUCAGCUGCGAUGGCUCCGGCUUUUGGGUCGGGUCGGAGGAGGAAAAAGCAGCGUUGGUGCAAAACCCGGGAGCCCGACGAGGAUCAGGACUACGAGAUGCCAGAAACUGCUUUCUCCAAGUCUGAUGGUGCUUCCGAUGUUGAGUUCGAUACCCAGGAAAUGGUUCGUGCCCAGAACAAGAAAAAGAAGAAAUCGGGAGGUUUCCAGUCCAUGGGUCUCGGCUAUCCGGUGUUCAAAGGAAUUAUGAAAAAAGGGUACAAAAUACCCACGCCCAUCCAGAGGAAGACCAUUCCUUUGAUCUUGGACGGCAAGGAUGUGGUGGCCAUGGCGAGGACCGGAAGCGGGAAAACGGCCUGUUUUCUGAUUCCCAUGCUGGAGAAAUUGAAAGCCCGCUGUGCCAAGACAGGAGCCCGAGCUCUCGUCCUGUCUCCAACCCGAGAACUUGCUCUGCAGACUCUUAAAUUCACCAAAGAGCUGGGUCGGUUUACCGGCUUAAAAACCGCUCUGAUUCUCGGAGGUGACAGGAUGGAAGAUCAAUUUGCUGCUUUGCACGAGAACCCUGACAUAAUCAUUGCAACCCCUGGCCGGUUGAUGCACGUAGCUGUCGAGAUGAAACUGCAGUUGCACAGUGUGGAGUACGUGGUCUUUGACGAAGCAGACAGGUUGUUUGAGAUGGGCUUUGCCGAACAGCUGAAGGAGAUCGUCUCCAGGCUGCCUGACGGCCGCCAGACGCUGCUCUUCUCUGCCACCUUGCCAAAACUUCUUGUGGAGUUCGCUCAAGCCGGUCUCACAGAGCCGGUAUUGAUCCGACUGGAUGUGGAAUCCAAGCUGAGCGAGCAACUCAAGCUCUCGUUUUUUCACGUGCGAGCUGACGACAAGCCCGCCCUUCUCUUGCAUCUGCUGAGAACAGUGGUCAAGCCACAAGACCAGACCAUUGUGUUUGUGGCCACCAAACAUCACACAGAAUACCUGAAGGAGCUGUUGACCCUGCAGGGGGUGAAUUGCACCAACAUCUACAGCUCUCUGGACCAGACGGCUCGCAAAAUCAACAUCGGCAAGUUUGCUCAUGGCAAAUGCUCGGUGCUGAUUGUCACCGAUCUCGCCGCUCGCGGGAUUGACAUCCCUCUUCUGGAUAAUGUGAUUAACUACAGCUUCCCAGCCAAGGCUAAGCUUUUCCUGCACCGCGUCGGCAGAGUGGCUCGUGCGGGGAGGACUGGAACAGCCUACUCCCUUGUGGCUCCAGAUGAGAUCCCUUACGUUUUUGACCUGCACCUGUUUCUGGGACGGCCACUGGUCUUCGCCAGUCCUCAUCAGAAGCCCACAGAUUCAGAUGGCGUUUUUGGCCGUGUUCCGCAAAUCGUCCUAGAUGAUGAGGAGAGCUUGCUACAGACUGACCACGAGCGUUCCCUUGACCUGCAGAGCCUCCGUCGUGUCUCCGACAAUGCCCUGAAACAGUACCAAAAAUCCCGGCCAAGUUCGUCCUCCGAAUCCAUCAAGAGGGUCAAAGAAAUGGAGUUCAGCCUGGUAGGGAUUCAUCCCCUCUUCAGUUUGCGUUUUGAGGAGGAUGAGAUGGCGCAGCUGAAAUUUGUGGACAGCAUCAAAAAUUAUCGUUCUAAAGCGUGGAAAAAGAGAAAUAAGAUUGACGAACAGGAUUCUGACACGGAGGUUGGUGGCAAUCAGAAGAACAGGAAGAGGCAGAAAGGCAGAGGGCCCCACCCGGCCUCCUCCCAGCGAGGCAAGGUCCGCUCCGAGCUGAAAACCAAGGAACAGAUCUUCAAGCAGAGGAAAAAGGCCUCCAAGCAACGUUUCCUGCAGGGCGGAGGGAUGAAGCGCUUGAAAUCUCGUAGCCGGCAACGGGUGCGAGAGAUGCGCCAAACGGCCUUUGGUCGCGGAAACGUCAAGAAAGGCAAGCUGCGGAAACGGAUGUAGAGGUCCUGCUUGCCCCGUGGUUGAUCCUCACUGAUUUACUGGGUAAACUUUGGGUCUAAAAAUAAAUAAAGAUUUAUUUCAG